CUGCUUACCUCGCGCCAGACCCGCGUACGACGCGCAACGCAACAACAACAACAAUCGUCGCGCGCGCUGCAGUGCUUUUGUGCUAUUGUAGCGUAGGCGUAUUAUUAAAUCGUAUUGCUCUUAUACACGUACGAAGCGGUUUUUCGGCCGACAACGAUCGACGCUACGACAAACACGACUGCCACGUCCAAGACGCAUCACCGCCGGAAUUGACCUAGUUAUUUUUCGCGUUGUUUUUACUCUCGGGUUUUUCGGGUUUUUCCUUUUUUGUCUCGAGCCCCCCGUCCCCCCGUCCCCCCUUCAUCCUUCGCCAAUGUCCGCCCGCUAACCGAUAAAUUGCUCAACAACCGCCGUCGUAUAUACCCUACACCAUACGACACGGCCAUCGAGUGCUAAACCGAACGACGGGGCGCGUGCUGCUGCAGUGUCGUCGUUGUCGUAUACGCACACACAUACCGCAUACCGCAGUUUACCGGACCGGACCAAGCCGUUCACCUGCACGCAUACCGCGGCACGCACUUCGAACGGGGCGCGUGCUGCUCGAGUUCUAUCGAUCACCGGGACACGCAUUAGCUCGUUAGAUGUAAUUUUCCGGAUGACGAUUUGACAUUGCGAUUGAAACCAUACUGCCUUGCCGCUAUGGACAUAACAUGGCCGAAGACUAUUGGCAUGCCGGUAGCAGAUUUAUGGUGCCCUUGUCGUCGUUGUUGUUGCUGUUGUUGUUAUCGGUAUGCGCCAGUGCUCAGAGAACGCUGUCUUCGUCCGGAUGUGACAAGACGUUUGUGAGCAACGACGGUCCGCAGAAUGGCACGUUCCGGGCUCCAGAAUUCACCAACAUCUACGGCGAGUCCAAAGUGUGCGUGUUCACGUUCGUGGCCGCCUCGCACCAGAAGGUCUUCGUGUCGUUUACCGCGUUCAAGCUCCGAAGCACACCUCCAGAAUGCGUGCACGAAUACGUGGACGUGUACUCGGAGGUUCAACAAGUCGAUACGGAGGAUUUGAUAAAUUCACCGUUUGGAGGUAGAUACUGUGGCUUAAUACCACCGAGGGACCGGACGUCGUUGUACAGAACUGUAGCGUUUAGCUUCUACACGGACAAGAAUACAACCACGUCAUCGUUGUUCGAGGGCUAUUAUUCGUUCAGCAACGACUCCGCAUUCCAACUGGGAACGCCGUCGCCGAUCAGCCCAUGUUCGUUUGUCGUGAACUCUAAUGUGAAAAAAAUAGGCACCAUACUCACGCCGACGUACCCGGGUAUAUAUCCCAAAGGAAUGAAAUGUACAUACUUAUUUCACGGACAAGCCAACCAGAGGGUGCGGUUAGAAUUCCGAGACUUUGACUUAUUUUACGGAGGCCCGCACUGUCCUUUUGACAUCGUAAGCAUUUAUGACGGAUCAAAUGCUACAAGCCCUUUGAUCGGCCAGUACUGCGGUCAACAACGAAAUUUAGUGGUCUACUCUACUAAAAAUUAUUUAUAUGUAACUUUCGACACACUUCAUAGGGCCGCAAAUACACAGAACCGCGGUUUCAAAGGCAUGUUUGAAUUUAGCGAAAGUUUUGUCAAACUUGAUUUUAUUGGGAUAAACGACGGAGAACACGUUCGAGGCACUGAAUGCGAUCAAAAAGUGUUAAGUAAACGAACUUCGACAGGUUACAUAUAUAGUCCUAACUACCCGUUUCCGUACAUCCCAAAAAUCGUGUGCCGGUAUUUUGUGUACGGUCUCGAAGGUGCACAGGAUUUGGAAAGAGUUAAGCUAGAAUUCCAAAAAUUCAACAUACCCAAAGCACAUCUCAACGAACAGGAAUGCACGGACGGUUACCUAAAACUAUACUUAAGAGGUCAAGAAGCCAUGGACCUCUAUGACAAGUUUGACUACGAAAUGUGUGGUGAUGAAGCUGACGAAAAAGUAGUGACGAGUGAAGGUGCUAGACUAGCAAUGGUUUUCAGUAGUGGCGAACUACACGGUCGAGGAUUUAAAGCCAAAUAUACGUUUGAAACCGAAUAUCUUAUACCCGGAACGGCUGCACCGAACGGUACGUGCCAUUUUACUUACCGUAGCGAGUCUAAGAAACGAGGAGAUUUUAACUCACCCAGACAUCCGGCCAACUAUCCCAACGGGCUGAACUGUACGUUUCUAUUCUUGGCUACGCCCAACGAACAGGUCACCGUGAUAUUCGAUCAGUUCAAAAUCAAAGUUGACGUAGCUAACAUUUCAUUAGUCCAAUUUGGGGUGUUUGUUUGUAAGGAGGACUGGCUCGAAAUAUAUAACAUUUACAAAGAUGGUACAGAGAAAAUUGUAGGUAGAUAUUGCGGUAUGACAGCCCCUGGACCGUUGGAAUCGAACCGGGGUGCAAUCGGUCUGAAAGUGUUACUGCACACGAACUCGGAAGGUGUCUCAAGUGGCUUUAAGGCCAGAUAUUUUUUCGACGACGCCAAGCCGAUAUUCGGUGACUGCGGUAGUAAUAUCAGUAAUGCAGAUUCUGGAAAGGUGCAGAGUCCGAAUUUCCCGCUCAAAUAUACUGCACCGGAGAAAGGAAUGCCGAGCAGAACGUGCAAUUGGUUUAUAAACGUCAGGCCCAAUUACAAAAUACUGCUCAACUUUGUCUCGUUCUCGGUGGAAGGAGAGCCGGCAACCAGAGGCUGUGCGACGGCAGUCGUCAGACUUUGGCCAUCUGUAGAAGAACCGCCGUUGGAGUUGUGUGGUGAAAAGCCCAUUGAGUCGUGGCAAUUUCUAUCCGAAUCCAAUCAGUUCAGGAUAAGUUUUGUCGUGGCUGACAAAUCAGGUAACGGCACUGGUUUCGCCGCGACUUGGACCGAAGUAUUGGAUAAUUCCGACUCGUGUCCGGGGUUUCAAUGCGAAAACUCAAGUUACUGCAUAUCCAAUCAGUUGAGGUGCAACAACGUGAUGAAUUGCGGGUCCAACGACGUGUCAGACGAGAUCAACUGUGCGAUGGAACCGGAGGCCAUGGACAACGUGGUGCUGUCGGCGGUGCUGACCAUGUGCACAGUGCUGGCGCUGAUGCUGGCCGGGUGCCUUUGCUGCCGUCGCCGUUCGGGUUCCGGGCGCCGCGAUCGGUUCCGGCGAGGCGUCGGUGGUGGCGCGGGCGUCGUGGGUGGCGGAUACAACCGGCACCGGCGGCACCACCAACACCACCAUCAACACCAUCACGAGCCCCGGCCGCCAUCGCUCCGGUCGCUCAGCCCCACGCCGUCGUCUGGCCAGCACGUGUGCGACGAACUGGGCGAGCGGUUCGCCAGCGUGGACAGCGUGUGACGUCCACUGCAGCACCGCCGCCGACGCCGCCACCGCAACCAACACCACCACCAACACCACAGCCGCCGCCGCCGCCGCCGCCGCCGAGACCGGGAUGACCACCGCGCGCACCGCCAGAGUCCUGCUCCUCCUCCUCAUCCUCAGCAGCAACAGCAGCAGCAGCAGCAGUAGUAGUAGAGCCCGUUUCGUCCCGGCCACACUCCCCGUCGACUUCUGCAGCAGUCGCGGUGGUCGAUGGCCACUGUGACCGCCCCUCAUCGCUCAACAUUCACCGCCGCAGUAUUAUAGGUACCCCCCCUGUACUAUAUAAUAUAUUAUUAUAAUAUUGGUGCGCGAAAAUUAGUCGUGUCGAUCCUAUAAACGUCGAACUGUGUCUAGAUAGUAAUAAUAUAAUUGUAUGAUGUAUAAUGUUAUAUUAUAAUUGUAUUGUACGAAUUUUUUGUCAUUUCGUUACUCGUGCUCGAAUCACGUGUUCGCGGUCACAUUUACGUAACUAUUACAUAGUAUUAUUAUAAUAAUAAUACGCUCGCCGCGUAUCGGAGAUUGAUUUCCCCUGAGACGGCGGCAGAUUUCGUUUCGUUUUGUUUUUUUUAUAAUUUCGUCGUUCGUUUUGACUAAAACAAACCACCGAUAAUCACAGAUGAGGUCUGAUGACUUUCACACCCCGCAAGAGACGACCGUUACGGUAACAACAACACUUCACUCUCUGCAGCUCUGCGACUCCUGGCGAAGUAAUAAUUUUCGUUAAAGUUUGACACCGCCUUCAUUCCCACCCACCACUCAUCGCGCCCACCCCACGCAUAGUGUGAUAUUAAUGUGUAUCGUUAUGUUAGGAGAAUGAUAUUACUAGAUGACAGUAUUAUAAGUUGCAAAGUCUUUCAACAUCAUCGAGUCGAAUAUAUAAUUUGUUUCCUUAUAAUAUUAUAAUAUAAUUCGAUCAGGCUGAAUCAACAUUUUACUACAAUUUUAAUACGAUCAGCAGUCGUACAUCUUCAGUAUUACAUACUAAAUAUUAAACAGGGUGUCCCGCCAAAAUUUACCCAUUGCGAUAUAUCCUGCAGGGAUAAAAAUAUAUCAUAAAUCUGGUUUUUUUUAUUAGACUCACAGAAACAAGGACACGUGUAUUUUAUUUUUUAAUUUAAUUAUAUGUUUUGCUAAAAAAGUUCAAAAAAAUUAUUUUUUAAUAAUUUUUUUUAAUUUUUGAAGAUAUCUAUUUUGUAGAGUUUAUUUCCCUGAAAAUGUUGACCUUUCAACAUUUUAUUUUUAUUAAUUUCAUGAUUUUCAAUCAUUUUUUUAGUUUGUAGUUAAAACUGCAAACACCCGGUUCACGUCUAAUGGCUAUAUUCCUCGCGGGACACUUUUUAUAGUACUCAUAAUGUACACUAACAAUAAUAACACAUUAAUCAGAUAGAAUCAGUGACUUGUUAUAUUGUAAUUUGUAGGUAAUAUCAGAACGAAUUGAGUGUGUGCGUGUGUGAAACUUGCAAAGUUGAAUCUCUUUUUUCUUACAUUAUGAUAUUAUAUGAUGAUGAUGAUGAUGAUAUGUGUAUAUAUAAAUAUAUUAUUAUAAUAUAUAGUAUAGACGACACUACCCCCGGGCCCGUAUGCAUGUACAAGACUACAAGAGGGUGUGUUCUGCUAAAUAUCGAUCAGCGUGUCGUUUCGGGGAGCGUCCUAUUCUAUAGCUCCAUCUAGCGCACUCGGUGAUCGUCGCGAGGAGGGCAGCUGAGCGCAUCGUGAAAAAUAUAAAAUCGCUCUCUCGCCCAUCCAACUUUCGACGCUGAGUGUUGGUUCACUUCCUAUAAUAUAAUUUAUUAAUAUUACUAAUAAACCUACGAAAAAAAUUAUUUAUACAUUAUGAAAUAUUCAAUAACAUUACAACAACAUAUAAGCAAUAACGUCGUCGUCACGCGCACGGCUAGUUUUCAGUGUGUGUUUUACUAUACAUUGGGGAGUGAGGGUCAAAAAUGGAAUCAAUUGCUCAAUCAUAUUAAGCCAAAAAUAAUAAUACUAAUAUAAUAGAAUUCCCGACUUUUGCGUUCGCUGCCACUUUUUUUCCGGAGAGGCAAAACGGGAACGAUUGCGUUUUUCAAAAUGUUCGUUGCUGAAAGACUAGUCGUGGCGAUUUUUUUUUUUUUUACCUCACAGUUUGUUUUAAGUAUAACAUAAUAUUAUGAAAUACCUAUGUAUUAUCGUAAUAAUAUGUAUUUAAUGAUAAUAUUAUAUUAACGAUUUUUCGAAAUUUCAAAAGGCUGGAGUUUAGACAAAUACAUAUUUUGUUAUCUAUUUAUAAUUUUAGGUUUUGUUUUUAGAUAAAAAGUCAUAUUAUAACCGCUUUGGACCUCUUGUUAUUAUAUUAUUACAUACAAUAACAGCGCUUAUUUAUACCUAAUAUAUAAAUAUAUAAUAUUACAAAAUACCCGAACGGUCUCGAUAACAUAUUACGACAUUAAUUCUUUCGUAGUCAUAUAUUAUAAUAUUGUAUAGUUUAGUUUUUUUGUAUAUCAUCGUUAUGAUCCGAUUGAGAUUUCAUCGACAGCUUGUCAUGAUUAUUAUCUUGUGUGUGUAGGUAAUCUGUUCGUAAAACACUACACGACAUAUUCGUUUCGUUUCCAAAAGAUGUUUAGCAAACGAUUAAAAUCAUUAUUACAUUGUUUUUUGUUUUGUUUUUUGUUUUUUGUUUCCAGCACAAUAACGUUGUAUAUUAAUCUAAAUAAAACGCACUUGUAAAAUCUCUAACUAUUCGUUUGCCAAAUCAAGCUCAAGGGGUGGACAAUUCAAAUAACUGUGUAUAUUGAAUUGAACUGCUCAACUCGAUGACCUCCAUCCACUAAACAGUUUUGCUACCCAAAAGUCAACAAAUAGACGAAAGUCUUUCACUUCCGGCCAUUACAUACACACACAUAUUAUAAUACACCCUAUAGGAAAUAGGUCUAUGUUAUAUAGAUUAGGUACAUAGUUAGGAUAAAAUAUUAUUAUCGAAAUUCCGGAGUGAAAACAAUUAUUGUAAUGAAUUUCUUCCAAUUUUAACAAGAAUGUAACGAUUAACAUAAAUAAUAAUUAUAAUUAUAAUAAUAAUGAUAAUGAUAAAUUUAUACAUAAUAUUAUAUAAUAUUUGUUUCGGCAAUCUACUACCGAUAAUGUGUAUAUAACAUAAUAAAUAUAAUUAUACGUUAGCGUAAGUGUAUCGAACUUUUGUUAUGGAUUUUCGUUAAGUUUUUAACUAUCGUAUUAAUAAUACUCAUACGUUGAAUGUUUUGCUUAUAUAUUGUUAGUAUAAAAAUUGUGUUUUUUUUAUGCCAAAUAUUUUUUUUCUAUUGUUACACGAUAUUUGAGUAUACCUCGUUAAUGUUUACAUAAUAAAAUAAUACUACGCGUAGUCCCAUAGAGGUCUAGUGUAAUAACAUUGUUUGAGCUCUAAAACGUGCUGUGUAACAUUAUUUUGGUGCAUAUUAUUACUUAUGAAAAAGUAAUAAUAUUAAUUUAGUCUAUUUAUAUUUGUAUCUAGUCGAUUGUGACGUAUGAACAACUAUAGUCUCUAGUCGUUAUUACAAGUAUAUAUAUUAUAUAUAUAUAUAUAUUAUUAUUAAUAAUAUAAUUAAUAUAUAAUAUUGUACUGAUAUACUUUUUUGUAGUAAUAUGUGUUUCCGUUUACAAAAUAAAAUUAACAUGUGCGCGGUUAGGCCGUUAAACCAAUCAAGACAAAACAAUCCAAUUAAUAUUUAAUAUAACAAAUAAAAACAAAUCUUUUCGAACGAUUAAAAAAAAAAUCGUUGAAAA